CGCACAACAUCUUCAACAUCCCCCAGGCCCUCAUGCCUAGCCAAACAUACGCGAAUCCCCCCAUGCAAUCAGUGGCCCCAAAGCUCAUAUUGGUCAUGGGAACCACAGGAUGCGGGAAGACGUCGUUCGUCAAUCUCGUUAGCGGGUCUAAUUUCACAGUCGGCAACGAGAUGCAAUCCUGCACCGAGACAAUAGAUAUGGCGGAGUUCCAGUUAUCGGACCAGAAGGUCGUUAUUCUUGAUACGCCCGGCUUUGACGACACAGAAAGGCCGCAGGCGGAUGUGCUACAUCAGAUCGCCACCUUCCUCCAGAAAAUGUAUGAGAACGGCACAAAGCCAACAGGAAUGAUCUACAUGCACAGAAUAUCGGAUAAUCGCAUGACCGGUUCCGCUAUAGCGAACUUCAGACUAUUCCGGAAGAUUUGUGGAGAUGAUGCGAUGAAGAAUGCUGUGAUCGUCACAACGAUGUGGGACAAGAUAAAUGAAGCAACGGGCAUGCGCAGGGAAGGCGAGCUCAGAGACAAUUACUUCAAGGAAGCGCUGAAACUUGGUGCUCAUUUACGCCGCUACGGGGGUACCCAGGAGGAGGCCAUGCAGAUCGUGCAGGAUCUACUCGGACGCGAAUCGCAGGUGCUCCAGGUGCAGGAGGAGAUGUCCGAUCAGCACAAGAGAGUCUCCGAGACAAAGGCGGGCCUUUAUAUGCAAAGUGAGCUAGACCGGCUCGAAGAGCAGGCGAUCAAAAGCAUGCAGACGCUCCAAGCUCAAAUGGUUAAGGCGCAGACAGAACUUGCGGAGUCAGAGCGGAACGGAGCUCAGGAAUUGCAGAAAAGUUGGGAUGCUUUGCAGAAGGAGAUCGAGAAAGUUCGGAUCGAGAAAUCCAGGCUGCUCGAUCCCGCUGUAGCCGAGGACAUUUCAUGGAAGCUGAAGGACCUGAUUAGUCGCGCGACACGACUUCUCGGCGUCUUACAUGGUCGAAGUCGCACGUACCCUUUGCCGAAUGCAGAUGCCGUACCUCUCGCCGUAGAGCAUCUCCCUUCGCCGACUACCUCCCAAGCCGAUCCACCUUCCACUUCUACGCCCUCUAUCCCAUGGACAGACCCGAACGACUCUCAGCCAUCACCAUCCAGCAGAAUCCCUGGAAUUGUGAAUGCUACCCACCACGCUUCUUUCCGAGUUGCUGUACACUCUGCUAUAGGCGCAACUAAGUCUUCCGAUGACCAGCAUCAGCAUAGACGACGAAACAGCGGCGCGGUCGAAACUGGCGUUGCGCCUGUCACAGGAGGACAGUACAUCCAUCCUGACUUCACACGCGCUCAUGUUACCGCUUCGCGUCCCUCCAAGCUCCAAAGCACGAGUGUGAAAAACGAAGAACGUCAGACUGUCUUCGAGUCUCAAGAUGGCCUGCCAGAAGCAGACAGCAGGACGUUCACCGUAGAAGUUCCAGGAGGAAAAGGUAAACAGCCUCCGUGUAUGGAUUAUCCCGCACAAAGCCCGAAGUCGAAGACGCGGUGCCCAUGCUGCUCCAUUAUGUGAUAUGAUUACUUCCCAAUGUUUGCACUCAUGCGAUACUACUCGACUUGCACGACUACAGCUUUAUGCUUCGCAUCAUCCUUAUUGCUCCGUUGAUCGAAUAGGGUCCCCAGGUGGGAACCAUGGCUGCGGCUGACAUAUGUCACUUAACGGACACUUAUUAUGUUGAGUCUUCGUGCCUUGUUCUCCUUUGUACUGAUCAGUGUAGCUAAAUGUUUUGGACAAUAUCCCUAUGCACAUGACAUUAUUCCGAUUCCGUGGUGGCUGCAUCAGACAGCAACAUUCUAUAUUUACUUUGAUGGGGAGCACGGCUGGUUAUGGAUAGCGACAACCUGAAUUUUUCGGAUAGGAUUGUAAAUAGUCGUCUCUACGGUGAUUUUCACGGGCAGCUUCACCGUGCUGCAUUCCGCCAACACAAGCGACCUUCGUUCUGAUCUA